UGACCCAUCUGCCCAUUUAUCGAGUUACAAAUACACAUCAGAAGGAUUCUCAACAUGGCGGCACUUAUUCAAUCUGCAAAUACUAUGUUAUGCAGAAACCCUUGUAUACUUUUACCCGUGUAUCGAGUUCCCGGAACCAGUCACGUGAUUUGGCUCAAUCAGUCAUGUACAGUGUCGUUUACACUGACAUAUAGGAGUUUACAUCCCUACCGUACCUAUUCUAGAGGCUAUUCCUGAGACUGGCCUUCACACUUUGACACCGAAGAAACAACCAUAUUGUUAUCAAAAUAGGACUACGAGAUUGGGUCUCUGGUGACACUGACCACGUGACCUUAGUUCUGGAAGCUGAUGACGGGGUCCAAACUACCGUGAUACGCUGAAUGGAUAUACAGUGACCGAUACUUUCACAGUUAUAUACUGAAAUCAUGCUGUCAACAAUCCUUAUCUUACUGUGUGUUUGCAACAUAUCUAAAGGAGAAAUCCUUCCCAGAAGGCCUCGCCAAGCCAGUGGACAAGGUUUGGAUUUCCUGUCUUUCAAAGUAUUGGAUUUAGAGAGAAGACUGUUUCGUGAACAAUCCAAAGUCUCUCAACUGGAGGCCCAGCUAGCUGAGGUCCGUCAGGAGUUGUCUUCUCUUUCUCCAUCCAUCGCCACACCAAUAAUACCCGUCUUAAAGGCUCAAAAUACACCGGCCUGGAACGUCAUCCGUGCAGACGUUGAUAAUAUCAAGGAGAGUCUUGUGCUAGAGAAACGUCAGAGAAUUCGUCUGGAGGAAACGGUGGAGGAAAUCAAGGGAAGUCUGAAAAAAAAGGUUAACGAUGACGGCCUGAGUGAACUGCGAAACACUACACGAUGGCUGACAGCAAAGAUUGACGUCAUAGAAGACAGAUGUCUGGUUGUGACGAAGGCCAAUGGUAGUCAAGGUGCCGCUGACUCAAAGCCUGUACCCAAAGCACCUGUAAACACCAAGGCGACUGGACUUCAGUUUGACGGAAAACCGCUGAAUGAUGAAGACAAACGUGUUGCAAACGACUGUGCUGAUCUACUGGAGUAUGAAUACCAUAGCGACGGAGUGUACAGAAUCCAACUCCCUAAUGGCGCGUCUAUAUUAGCUCGAUGUAACCUUCUUGAAAGUCCUAGGAACUGGAAUAUGGGCGGCCAAAAACUUUCCAAGCUGAAAGGCUGGAUGGUCGUCCAGUUCAGGAAUAGCGGACAACAGGACUUUAACAAAACAUGGCAGGAGUACAAAGUGGGCUUUGGGAAUUUAUCUUCGGAAUUUUGGCUGGGAAACGAGUACCUUUGGCAGUUUCUGAACUCUAGUACUGUCAACCCACUCUUGUUUCUCCGACUUUAUUCAGUUGGUUAUUACUACUAUCAUAGAUUUUUCAUCACUUCUGGGUUAACUUUACAAGGCGAGAAGGAAAUGUACAGAAUUGAAUAUAAUAGUUACUCGUACGGCCAAGACACAAAGUAUCAGGGUCCAGGUAAGGGAGAGUUUGUGACCUGGGAUAGGCAGCCGUCACGACCGGGUUGUCCCCCCUUGGACGGGGGUUGGUGGCAUGGCUACCGGGCCGACUGCCUUCGCCGCACCACCAAUCCGAAUUCCCAGUACAUCAAACUACCCGCAACACACGACGGUAAGAUUUCCAAGGGAUAUCGUAACGUUUACCAGCAGCAUCGCAGCAAAGAGGACGUGACUAAGUUCAUUAUCAAAAGCGAACUUCUAGUCUAUUUUCGGAAAGGUUGAAAACGGUUUCCACAGACUUUGUGCCUGCGUGUAUGCAUGGAUUUCAUCGUAGCAUCGGGUUUGUCACAGCUCGAUUACACUGGAACAUUGCUUUAACUUGGAGCUAAACAGGCUCGUACCUUGGCAGAGCGCCAUGUCCAAUAAUUUUACCAAAU